AGACAAAAUUCAAAGAGAAAACGAAUGGUUGAUGGGUUCUUUUUAAAUAAGGCCAUAAAGGCUGAGGCUAACAAAGUCAGGGCACAAUUAAAUCUCCUACUGCUUAUCCCGUGAUGCGCAACUAAUACGUGAAUUCCCAUCUUUUUCCUUCACCAUUUCACUUAUAAACUAGCUCUCUCUUCCUCAUCAUCAGUCAUCACAGCUAGAGUUCAUUUCCAGCAACAUUCAUGGCUACCUUCAAAAAGUUCUUUGCUUCUGCUUCUGCCGUUGCUGCAAUGUCAGUGGUUAUCCUCUUCUCUAAUGUGCUUCUUGCUCUUUCUAGUGAUCCUAUGAUUACAGCUUCUCCAGCAGUCUUGCCAUAUGUAACUGCACCCGAUAUGUCCUCUUUUUUCCCUGCACCAACUGAUCAGUGGCCUCCAAGUUCUGCAGAUCCACCAAUGCCAGAGGAAUUGGCACCUGUGCCCAGCUCAGGUGAGUUUAUAGGGAAGAGCUCCUCUAGUUCAGCAAAGCUCAACGGCCACAGUACCGUAGUUGGUAUAGGAAUUUGUAUCAUUUUUGUAAUUAUACUGGUUUCUUUUGUCUAAAAGUAUACAAUUUGCGCCCAAAUUGUGUAAAAGAGUAUUGAUUCAUUAGUGAUAUGAUUAGUGAUUGUGUAUGAUGGCUCUUGAAUUCAUUAGCCAUUGGCAUAAUUUGAAGGAAAAACCAUGGCUCUUGGAUUUAUUGCA